AUGGGACCAUAUGAUAGUUGUACAGCUGUAACGUUAGAAUCCGUUAUUAAAGCUCGUCCAACUUAUACACGCGAUGAAAUCGCAAAAAAAAUAGCCAAUGGUGACCUUCUUGUUAUUUAUGUAUCUAAAAUUUAUCGUCUAAAUAAUUGGAUUAAACAUCAUCCCGGUGGUCAAAUGCCAAUUUUGCAUAUGGUUGGUAAAGAUGCGACAGAUGAAAUAAAUGCUUACCAUAGUGCUGAAACAAUAAAAAAAAAGAUGCCAUUAUUCUAUUAUGGUGAUGUUGCCAAAGAAGAUGAACAAUUUCAAGCAUUAUUGGCGCCCGUUCAUUUACCAAAAAAUGAAUUGGCCACAAUUGAAUCAUUAAAACCAAAGCCACAGUCAUCUAUUAUUCCACAUGAACAACAACAAAUUAUUGAUGCUUAUAGGCGAUUAGACGUAAAAUUAAGAUUUUUAGGACUUCACCAAUGUAAUUAUUAUGAUUAUGGUCGAGAAUGUAUUCGGUAUUUUCUGUUAGCAUUAGCCUCAUUUUUAUUAUUAUAUCUUGGCACUCGUUCUUGGCACUAUUAUUUAUCAGCGGUGUUUCUCGGUGCAUUCUGGCAUCAACUGGCAUUUACCGCUCACGAUGCUGGUCAUUUGGGUAUUACACAUAAUUAUAACAUUGACUCUGCUAUUGGUAUGUUUAUAGCUAAUUUUCUUGGUGGAAUCUCAAUUGGUUGGUGGAAAUAUCAUCAUAACAUUCAUCAUCUUGUCACAAAUCAUCCGGAACACGAUCCUGAUAUUCAACUUUUACCAUUUUUUGCUGUUAGUCGGCGAUUUUUAUCAUCUCUUUAUUCAACGUAUCACAAACGUGUAAUGAAGUAUGAUGUAAUAUCAUCGUACGUUAUUCAAAUUCAACAUUUUACCUAUUAUUUAAUUAUGUGUUUUGCACGAUUUAAUUUACUAAUACAAUCAUAUAUCUACUUUUACAAGAAUCCACGUACACCAUUUCGAAAAUAUGAAAUAUUCUGUUUAUGUCUCUACUAUUGUUGGUAUGGAUAUCUAUUAUCAACAUUACCAACGAUGAAAAUUCGUCUCAUUUAUCUUCUAAUUAGUCAUGUUGUUACGGCCCCAUUACAUGUUCAAAUUACUCUCUCUCAUUUUGGUAUGUCUACUGAAGACUAUGGACCACAAGAAUCCUUCCCAUCAAAAAUGUUACGUACAACAAUGGAUGUUGCUUGUCCAACAUGGAUGGAUUUUUUCCAUGGUGGUCUCCAAUUUCAAGCAAUUCACCAUCUGUUUCCACGUAUGCCUCGUCACCAAUUACGUCGUGCUAUUCCAUAUGUUCAAGAAUUUUGUGAUGAAGUUGGAUUAAAGUAUCAUGUAUAUGGAUUUGUGGAAGGUAAUGGUAAAGUGUUGAGUGUAUUAAAAGAUGUGGCAAUGCAUGUGAAAUUAAUGAAAAAAGUAGCAGAAGCACACACCGAAGAAAAAAUUCAUUAG